AUGGGGAAGCACGCCUACGGCCCGCCGAGCGACAUGGACCCGGAGACGACGAUCUGCAUGCGCAAGAUCUUCGAGGCCAUCGAGGACGCGCGGCUGCGCGGGGAGAGCGACACGUCGUCCCUCCACUACAAGCGACAUACGAAGCUCAAGGCGAAGAACGCGCUGAGCCACAGCCAGUCCGUGGACUCCAUCGAGUCCUUCGGGUCCCGGCCCGAGUUCGUCGUGCGCGGGUUGGGCACGACGGCGGACGUGCCCGAGGGCCUCGACGCGAUGCUGAGCCCGCCCAAGUCGAGCAAGAAGAAGAAGCGCAAGAAGCGACGGAAGCGCGGGGGCAUGUCCGCCGCGUCGAGCCUCGGGAGCGCCGGCUUCUCCUCGGACCUGAGCGACGCGGAGCCCGAGUACGCGGAGGUCGAGCUCUACGCGCUCGACGACGGCGUCCGCUGCGUCGCCUACGAGCUCCUGCGCGACGGCCGGCCGACGAACAUCGUGCGGGUCGUGGUCUACGACGAGAAGAACACGAGCCGCUGCAAGGACCUGACGCCCGAGUCCUACGGCACGACGGGCUACGCGCCGCUCGACGAGCUCAUCGACGACGAGAAGGCCGCGCUCGCGGCCCUGCUCUGCUCCAUGGUCGGCAACGGGUCCCUCGACGACCUCCCGCGGCCCUACACGCCGGGGGCCCAACUCGGGCCCGCGCCGCGGCCGAGCUCGCCCGUGACGGCCAGCAUCCUCGCGGACUCGAUCUGCUGCUACGUCGCCGCCGUCGUCGCCCUCGACUACUCCGUCGCCUCGACGCUCUCCCAGUGCUCCAUGCUCGUCACGGGCGCCUGGGGCAUCCUGCUCUACGACGAGCUCGGCGGCGACGCGCGGCGCCUCGCGCUCUACGCGACGGGCGCGUCGGUCGUCGUCGCCGGCGCGGGCGUCGUCUCCUACUACGGCACGACGGAGUAG